AUGCAAACACCCCGCGCGGAAGCUUCCACCAGGAGUGGCGGGGAGGGCGCAAACGCGGCGAGACCGCGGGUUGAUGGUUCCAGUGGUGGGGCGGCGGCCGCAGGCAGUGGCGGCGGCGGCGGGGGGGGCGGCUCGAGCGAGUGGACUGGCUCCGUGUGGAGCGCGCAGGAAAUCGCUGACGUGGCAGGGGGCACGGUCAUCAGGGACUGCCCGCCGGGGCGCGUCUGCACUGACACGCGCCAACUGGCGCCCAGCGAUUGGUUCCUGGCUCUAAGAGGGCCGCGAUUCGACGGUGCGGAUUUCCUGGAAGAGGCGGCGCGGAGGGGGUGCGGGGGGGCGGUUGUUAUGGUGGACGGAUGGGGGGAAAAGGGGGAAGCGGGGAAUGGGGGGAAUGCGCCGGAGGGGGGCGGCGGAAGGGAGAGCGGGAAUGGGGAAGAGGGGGGAUGCGCGGAAGAGGGGUUAAGAGGGAAGGAUGCAAGGGAGAAAGGUGUGGCGAUGGGUGAAGAGGGGUUAAGAGGUGAAAACGGAGCAGGGGAUUCAAACGUGCCUCCGAACCUGCUGCCAGAGGGAUGGCAGGGCGGGUUGGUGGUGGUGCCAGACACGCUCGGCGCGCUGCAAGGCUUGGCGAGGGAGGCUCGGCGGAGGUUCGGCGGUGUGGUGGUGGGGGUGACAGGCAGCGUGGGGAAGACUACGGCGCGGGCCUUAACUGCCCUCGCGCUCUCGCCCCUGGGGGCUGUGCACCAGACCCAGGGCAAUCUGAACAACCACAUUGGAGUGCCGCUCACUCUCUUGGCCCUCCCCCAGGCAUCAGCGGCGUGUGUGGUGGAGAUGGGAAUGAGUGCGCGAGGGGAGAUCGCCCUCCUCUCCGCCAUCGCCGCUCCCUCCAUCCGCGUCCUCCUCAACGUCGGCCCCGCGCACAUCGGCGACCCCUCGCUGGGGUCUUUGCAAGCAAUAGCAGAGGCCAAGGGGGAGAUGCUAGCGGAUGCAAGGCCAGGCGACGUGUGCGUGGUGAAUGGGGACGACAGCCUUGUCAUGGGGCUGCCGACUCAAAAAGGAGUGAGACGGAUCACAUUUGGCCGCUCACCCGGCUGCGACGUGCAGCUGCUGUGGGCGCGCGCAGUGGAUGGCGGCAUGGCGGUUGAAGCUUGCAUUCGCACCAACCUGGCACGCACAGGAGGAGCAGCAGCAGAAGCAGCAGCAGCAGCAGAAGCAGCAGCACCAGGAGGACUCGGAGGGGGACGAGGGGUGGAAUGGCAGAGCAGCAAGGAGGAGAGCACGGAUCCAAGCAGCAGUGCACUGAGUGCCGGAGCCGGGGCGGUGCGUUUGAAUUCCGAUGGAGACAUUGAGGACACGAGGGAUGUGCAUGGGAAGGAGAGCAAUGCAGACGACAGAACGGUGUGUGUGCGAAUCAACAGCCCCGGGUUGCAUCUGGCUGACAACGCCCUUGCAGCCGCAGCCGUGGCCGUGGUGGCAGGCGUGCCUCUGCCAAUGGCAGCACGACACAUGACGCUGUACGAGCCCGUCGGGAUGAGGAUGCGGGUCGAGCGGAUUCGGAGGAGAGGAGCGGCGGGAGAGGAGGGCGAGAGGAGCGAAGGGAAGGGAGAGGGACACGAGGGAAUCGGUGUGACUGUACUGAAUGAUGCUUAUAACGCCAGUCCAAUCAGUGUUGCGUCGGCUCUUCACCUUCUGCAUCAGCUCUCGCUGGAAUCAACUGCCCCCUCUGCCUCCUCCGCCGCCUCCUCUCCACCAGUCUCAGGCCGCCACGUGGCGGUGCUGGGCGACAUGCUGGAGCUGGGCAGCCAAUCAGAGAGUGCACAUGUGGACGCUCUCUCCCUCUGCCUCUCCCUCUCAGGAAUCUCUCUCGUCCUGGCGGCUGGCGCGGCCUUCAAGUCCGCUCUGGGGAAAGUGGUGCAAAGGAGAGUGAGGGGAGGCGCAGAGGAAGGAAUGGAGGGGGGUGAGGAUGGGAGCUGCAGUAAUGAAGAUGAUGGAGACAGUGGGGAGUGGAAAAGCGGCCGUCUGCACUGUUUUCUGGAAGGUGGUGGGGAGAGGCGCUUGGAGGUGCAUGCGUUUGAUUCGGCACAAGACCUUGCAGAGGCUGUAGCGUUAUCUGCAUGCAUUGCAGAGUCUCUAUUUGAAGCGCCUAAAGAAGCGGUGGAUAUGGGGUUGAUACAGUUGGGAGAUGUGGUGCUGGUGAAGGGGAGCCGAGGAAUGCGCAUGGAACUAGUAUUGGGAAGUGACCUGACCUGCAUCUAUAACCGUCAUCCAUCAGAUCUCUCUCCCACAAUGUCGCUCGCCGCACUGUCGUCCAAUGGCGUUUCGUUCGGACGGAUGGCAUCCAAGGCGGGUAGAAUCUCUACAACCGUCGUAUCUGAAGCCAAAUCAGUUACCUUUCUUGCUCCCCAGCGCCCCUCCCUUUCCUCCAAGCCCCUCUCCGCCGCUUCCCCGCAUCAACGCCUCCCUCAAAGGCCCGCGCGGCCAGUAGCGGCGGUCGCGGCGGAAACCGCCUCCGCGGAAGACGACUCCGUGGACGUCCCCCCGCCGGGGUGUUCGCGGAUCAAAAUCGAGCUCGCGCGCCCGCUGGGGCUGGUCCUGGAGGAGCGCGCGGGGGGGAUUUUCGUGGCGGAAGUCGCGCGCGGGGGAAACGCGGAGGCGACGGGGCUUGUAGACGCUGGCGACCAGCUGAUUGCGACGAGUGCGAUCGUGUUCGACGACAGCGACUCGUACGGCGGGGUCGUCGUGAAGAAGGGCAUGCGGAUCGUACGGUUCAACGUUCGCGGCGAGAAGUUUGACACGGUUAUGGCUGCAAUCGGGACACAUCCGUCGUAUCUCAAGGUUGCUAUAGAACUGCAGAAGUGCAAGCCGCUCUCCAGGGACCCCACCACCUCGUAG